UGCUUAGGACUUAUUUGUUAGUAGCCUACUUUGACUUUCAUUAGGUGAACUUAAGACAGGAAGGUGACUGAAGCCUAUUGUGUAGUGCUGACCUGUUGAGCCUCAUUCCUGAGUGACACUAGAGCUACAGAGUACAGACUAUUAGCCAUGUAAAACACCAACACCUGAAUCCAGAGCUGACUCUCCUCCAUGGUGGCUGUAACUGUGAGUAACACUGUCAGAUUUGUUAAAGACUUGCGUGUUUGGCCAAGAAUCAGAAUUUACUUUCUGUUUUUGAUACCUAAAAAAUGAAUAGCCUGUUUGUCUUUCUUCCAUUUCAUUCUGUUUCAAUGACAGUUAGCCCUUUUUCUAUUCAAACAAAGACCUAAACUCAUUAAGUGGUAGGCCUAGUAUGCUCAUAUUGACACAGUAGAAGAGGAAACAUAGCCUAUUGACCUAACAGACUUUUAUCCACAGUGUUUGGUGGAAACUGUACCAAAAAAAAGAGGAAAAGUUACAUACAGUCCCCUUAAUCGCAACAAUGCUGCUCUUAGUCAUCAUCACAGGUACAUUUUAUUUGGCCUGUACUAGUGCCAACUACCACCAGUAUCACUUUGUAGCACAAAGACGGAACUGGACUGAAGCGCAGAGCUAUUGCAGGCAGACAUAUACUGACCUGGCCACUGUGUUUGGUAGACACGAUAUGGAGACACUGGCUGCCGCUCUCCCCAGUGAUUUUACAGGGCGUGCGUGGAUAGGCCUUGAGAAGGGGACGCGGUGGAGAUGGCAGUGGUCUUUGUCAGAUAAGGACUUCUACGCCAAUGAUGGUGACUUGUCCUUCAGUAACUGGAGGACUGGACAUUCAAAUUCAGUUAAUUCAGAUAGGUGUGGCGUUCUGGAGCCUAAUGGUAAAUGGUUUGAUGACGGUUGCAACACUCAGAGACGUUUUAUGUGCUUUAAUGAGAGUGCUGUAGAAAAUCAAAGGUAUGUCCUGAUCGAGGAGAACAGAUCAUGGCGAGAUGCACAGAGCCUCUGCAGAGAGAGAUACCUCGACCUGGUCAGCGUCAGAAGUGCUGCCGAGAACGAAGCCAUCAGGGCAGUGGCGAUGUCUCAGGUGUGGAUCGGCCUUUUCAGUGACCCGUGGGUGUGGUCGGACCAAUCCAACUCCUCUUACCGCUUCUGGAAGUCAAAUCAACCCAACGAUUUCCAGAAUGAUCAGGACUGUGUUGCCAUCAACGCCGACAAUUGGAAUGACUUAAGGUGUAACAUCAGUCGACGGUUCUUUUGUUACAGUGAUAUGGCUGCACCGACUGUCGCACCUCAGAGUGUAAUUCCACAUCCCCAGACACCCAACACAUCGCCAGGAAUCCCAGACCAAGCCUCAACUCCAAUUUAUACAGAGUCCAGCCAAAUUCCAACCACUACAGGAAAUACGUACUACACAUACCCACAGUCAACACUUGUGGCUGCCACAAAUACAUCACAAAACACAGAUUUCACUCCAUCUACUCCCCAUUCAGAGUUUCAGACUACCACUGAAGGUACAACAGAUGGAAGUUCUGGUCGAGUGACCACUUCUCAUACCACUCAAAUGCUGACCAAUGCCGUGAUCUCUGAAGUAGUUACAACACACACACUAAUCCACCCAACUACUGGUGACCCAACACCUACUUCCUUAUCGUUUGAAGACACUAUGGUUCUGGUACAAGAGAAUAUGACUUGGAUUGAGGCCUUGAUAUUCUGCCAAGCACACCAUUCCGACCUGGUGUCCGUCACAGACACCCACGCGCAUCAGGAGUUGGUUCAGAAGGUGGCCAAUGCGACCACCCUCCACGUGUGGCUGGGCCUGCGCUACACCUGCAAGUUCUCCUUCUGGUUCUGGGUCAGCUCUGACAGCUCUGCCGUGUGCUUCCAGAACUGGGCUCCAGGGCACGGUCCGACGGGGGGUCAGACGCAGUGUGGCCUGGCAGGAGCAGUGGAGGCCAGAAGGGGGAAGCAGUGGGUCAGCCUGCCUGAGACUCACAGGCUGAACUUCAUGUGUGGCUUGUGACAAUAAUGAUGACUACUGGGCAACGGCAACCAUUCUUCAUGACAGUGUGUUUUGGAAAAAUUACACUCACAGACUAAUUAGAAAAGACUUAAAGACUGAAAGGAAACAAGACAGGUAUUAUGAAAAUUCUUCAUAAUUGUGCAAUUAUGAAGGUUUGCAAAAGGCAUUAAGUGAUACGAGUGUCGUGUUGUUCAUUUUUGUGUCACUUUUUUCAGUCGUCUGGGUAAUUAGUACAUUUUCCACAGCAAUUUAUUUUGUCUGUGUUUUGUUCACAUUUACAUUAGUGUGAGCAAACAAGGAUGCAAUAUAGUUUCACAUGGCCAAGAGACACUUUCAGAAUUCUCUUUCCGUUAGUGGCGGGGCCGCGUGAAGAGGACAUAUGGAUAUGCAAAACAGCAGCCAAAUGUUCUAUACAUCUCCACGAGUUUCGCAUUGACUUCAUCCCCCCCACCCCUUACCCAGACCCCACUACCUGACCCCUGACCUUCUUGGGCACCCUUCGUCCCCGCAGACCACAGACGCUCUGCCGAGCCUCCUGACCUCACCUUCACUCUGCGCUGAGGGAGGCCAGCCCGGCUAUUGUCUCCCCGACGACAUCACGAAAGUGAUCGGAACUGAUGGAUUCGCCUUUUUUAUCGGCUGUCCAUGUUUCCCAUGGCUCAUCCAUCGCUUCCUGGGAACCCUGCGGUGGGAAUGUGUUUCAGAGGCAGCAACUUUUGUUUUAUAUUUUAUUUUCUAUUGUUUUGUUUUUUGACAAAGUGUGUGAAACUGGGAAAGCUUUUAUGAUUCCUCUUUUAGGAAUGUGGGUAAAGACCUCCAAGUGUAGUAUCUACGUAUGAUGUUAGGUCUGUGAGAUGUUGACACAGUGAUAUUUGUACAGUUUGUUCUGUUUUUUUGUUUGUUUGUUUUAUAAAGGAGCUCAAUGUGCAUUGCCACAUUUUUACCUAGGUGUAAUCGGUGAAAUAAAUCCACUUAAACAAA